AUGUACCCCUCCGCCAUCACACUCGCAGUCUUGCUGCUGGGCGCCGUCGGGGGCACCCACGGGGCUCACUUCGUUGGCUCUGAUCCCGUGGGCUCCGACACGGUGGGAUCCGACCCCAUCGGCUCUGAUACGGCGGGGAAUGGGGUGCAGAAGGAGCAGGCGAUAGCACUGGGUCCCAGCACUGAGUGCGUGACGGCAUACGAUUACCUCUCUGCCAACGGUACCUUUACAGAGUUUCUCCAGAUCGUUGAGGCGGCGGGCCUUGCCGACCUCCUCAAGGAUCCGUCCCAAGUCGCCAUGCUCUUCGUGCCCACACCAUCGGCCUUCGCAUCCAUUUUUACAGGCGUCGACCUGACUGUGUCCAGUCUCAUCAAAGACAAGGAACUUCUGUCCGCGAUCGUGGACUUCCAUGUGGCCCCCAACUAUGCCCUACGCCCCGCACAGCUGACCAACAACCUCCAGAUCCCCACCCUCGCCACCGACCAACUCAUCACGGUAUUCGUCCCGCUGGGCUCCCCGGUGGCCUUCGGGGGUGCGCAAGGGUAUGCUAUCGCCUCUACAUUAGAGACCCUGACCCUCUGUGACGUCGUGGCGUACGUGCUGGACUCUGUGCUCAUAUCAAGUGCUGCGGACGCAAUCCUCGUUUCUCAGGGCAAGGUUGCCGCCUCCGGAGCGCACGCAUCUGAGCUCACAGACAUGGUGAACGCUGCCGCGCCCCCAAAGACCGAGGGCACCGCCCCGGCCACUGUCGCCAAGAAGACCCCCAUCAUCGUGCUCACCCCACCCGCCAAGGACCCCUUUGCGUUCGCCAAGAAGACCAUCCCUCCCAUCAAGGUCCCCGCCAAGACCUUCCCCAAGCCCACCCCUCCUCUUGUGAUCUCCACCACUGGCGACAAGAAGCACUAG